GUAUUUCGCGUACACCGCGCUCGCACCGGUGACGAACGCGACCUUGCGUGCCUCGUCGGACGGCCGCGCGUCUCCGCUGCGAUGGCGCCGCUGGGCGCCGGGACAGACGGUGGCCGCUGGAGCGAAGCCGUUCCCUCGGUUCAUGGCUCCAGGCUCGACCCUGUCCAGCAGCACAAUGGCCGGGAUUCAUGAGGGCCUCGAGCGGGCUUGCUGGGCUCUGCGCGUGUCGCAGACAUCGGCAGAGCAGGUAUUCAAGAGCCGCUGGCCACUUCUGCCGCUGCUCGCCGAGCUUCACGCCUCGAUGCUGCUGCACGCGGAGCUCGGAUCGGCCUGGGGAGUUCUGGCGGACCUCGCGGAGCUCGGCUCGCAGGAGCGGCCCACCAACGUGGUCGAGGUCGGCGCACACGACGGGCUCGACGCUGUGAACGCAUCUCGAGGAGCAGAGACUCCAAGGCUGGGGGUCUACGUGGGGCUGGAGCCGCACCCCAGGCUCUACGAGCGGGCGCAGGAGCGCGUGCGCCAGUGGCUCGCCGCGGCGGCGCCGGGCGCGGGGCGGGCGCCCUUGGUGCAGCUCGUCUCUCGGGGCUGCGGCUUUCAGCAUCACGUCUUACGCUCCCCUGCACAUCAAUCCCGCGAGCCCCGCGGGUCUCGAUGCGGGACACCCGCUCUGGGGGGUCGAUUCCAGCUCGAGUCUUCUGCGGCCAGCUCAGCGAAACUCUCGUAUCUACCAAGUGUACGAAGACGAGACGGAGAAUGUGCUCGCUGCGCGCCUUGA